UGUGAGAUGUAAGGCAAGAAGAGAAAUCAACAUGGAUCUGUCUUACCAUCUACCACCGACCUUUUCACGAAAACCCAGCAACCCUAUAUUGGACGGCUACACGAACCAUCUCAUGAAAGAAAAGUUGAUGGGGGCCAAGUCGUCUACGGCUAAUGCAGCAAGCACAGAGACAAAGAAAAAUAAGAAGAUCAGCGACGUUGUGACUGCCAGAGAUCUAGAGGACCGGUCGAGAUCUCUGGUUCAGAAAACCGGCAAAUCCUUGACUUGUUUGUUGGGCGAAGCUAUGAAGUUAAACCCAGGUUUGGACUAGGCCACCUGCCAGCUUCGUGCCGAGAUCGACGUAUGGUAGCGUACAUCCGGGCACUCAGUCGCUUCACUGUGAGAAUCCUCACACGUCACACGAGCAUCCACAGACCCAGCUACUUCCCGUGUGGGAACAUGCGAGGCACGGACAAACUGCGGCUUGCCACAGGGUUUGCGUGGAUCCCCGGCAAGAUCACGGACAUGCCUUGCCCUAUAGAGAACUGUCCGUACAACCGUCGAAGUCACAGGGUCUACGGUCACAUCCGCAUCAUGACCAACAAACACGUAGUCUACGAUCAGUUCGAAGCCGCUCAGACCCGCGCCCAGUUCUUCUAUGACAACGCCAACAACAGCCGCGGCUUGCCUGUAGUCCAGUGUAUCAGCCUCGACUACAGUAUUAUGGACUCGGACAUGGCCUAUUUAAACUGCAUCACACACGACUCGAAUCUGUGUGCGAUUCUCCAAGAGGAGAUGGAAGAGUUGAAAACAACGUACAACAGCAUCCCUUUGGACAUUUGGCAAAGCUGCGAGGACUUAUCUGUCGUCAUUUCUCACCCUCAUGGCAUGGCUAAAACUGUCAGCGUUGGGAGCCAUCACUCGUUUGAUGUCACACCUACUCGUGCGCACGCGCACUACUACAGCAGCGCCACCUGUCCCGGAAGUUCGGGUGCCCCGGUAUUUUAUGUCAGUCGACGUGAAAAGGGAGCCCACCCAAUGUGGAUUCCAGCAAUUCACAGCUUCCAUUGUAACAUUCUGCAAAUGAACUGUGGGUUUAAAUGAACGUGACUUCACUGGAAUUUUAUUACCAUGAUGACUAUUUUGUUCCUCCGGAUUUUUGCCUUAAUUCUGGGUGUGGAUACCAUAACAAUCCUGUUUGUCAGUCGCUUGCAACUGUUUGUACUCCCCGAAAUGUUUUUGUAUUACCCUGAACUUCCUUUUUCCAUGAAUAAUUGGAAUGUCAGCGAUUGAGACACGUUGAAUCUUAACUGUUACCGGUACUGUACGUGUAAUGAGGCUGAAUUUUUCAGAAAGAUUAAAUCUUUUAGGAUGUAGCGGAUACAUUCGUCUGAUCAGCAGCCAAGCAAAUGCAUUUUUGAGCACAUUUCAAACCGUUAUACGAAAAUCCGAAACACUAGUUUGCAUAUUUCAUAGAAUGCUUUUAGAGCUUAAUAAGAAGAAAACAAAAUUGAAAAAAAAAUGUUAAAACAAUGAAGUUAUGCCCCAAAACAUCGCAUCUUCAAGAGGUUUUUAAUUACAAAAGUGCACGCCCUCUAUAAGGUAAUUGAAACAGAAGUCUCUUCCACGGUACACUGGCCAUCGUCACGAACCGUACUGAAGAGUUUCUUAAGAGGUAGCGCUCAUAUGACCUUAUGCAGUUGCGAGCGCCGUAAAACCCUGUACUAUAAAAAAAAAA